AUGGGUUACGAAGACUCAGUUUACCUGGCCAAGCUGGCCGAGCAGGCCGAGCGCUAUGAGGAGAUGGUCGAGAACAUGAAGGCCGUCGCUUCCGCAGACCAGGAGCUUUCCGUCGAGGAGCGAAACCUCCUCUCCGUUGCUUACAAGAACGUCAUUGGUGCCCGCCGUGCCUCGUGGAGAAUCGUCACAUCCAUCGAGCAGAAGGAGGAGUCCAAGGGCAACGAGACUCAGGUCGGGCUCAUCAAGGAGUACCGCCAGAAGAUCGAGGCCGAGCUUGCCCAGAUCUGCGAGGACAUCCUGGCGUGCCUCGACGAGCACUUGAUCCCCUCCGCCGAGAGCGGCGAGUCCAAGGUGUUCUACCAUAAGAUGAAGGGUGACUACCACCGUUACCUUGCCGAGUUCGCCGUCGGCGACAAGCGCAAGACUUCUGCCGACAAGUCCCUUGAGGCAUACAAGGCUGCCACCGAGGUCGCUGCUAGCAGCUUGGCCCCCACCCACCCCAUCCGCCUCGGUCUUGCGUUGAACUUCUCCGUGUUCUACUACGAGAUCCUGAACUCUCCGGAUCAGGCUUGCCAGCUCGCCAAGCAGGCGUUCGACGACGCUAUUGCUGAGCUCGACACACUCUCCGAAGAGAGCUACAAGGACUCCACGCUCAUCAUGCAGCUUCUCCGUGACAACCUGACCCUCUGGACCUCCUCCGAAGCCGAGGCUCCCGCAGAGUCCACUCCCGCAGAUGCCCCUGCCGCCGCCGACGCGACGAAGGAGGAGCCCGCUGCGCCGGCUGCCGCCGCAGAGGAGCCCAAGGCCUAA